GGCUUAUUUAAAUUUCCUGCGAGCUGCAGAGCUGAACCACACUAGAGCUAAAGAGUACUUGGCCUUCGGUUAUCUGUUCGGUGACUACCUUCCGCAGAAUGUCACCCGAGCUACGGAACUAUUUAACGAGCUCGCUGACAGAGGCUCGCCAAAGGCUCAAAUGGGACUGGCUUUCAUGUACAGCGCUGGCUUCCAUUACAACUCCAGCCAGGCCAAGGGUCUGAUUUACCUGACGUUUAGUGCCUUAGGAGGGGAGCCGCUGGCACAGAUGGCCUUGGGCUACCGUUACUACGCUGGUAUUGGCGUGGAGUCCAAGUGUGAGACUGCCUUGACCUACUACAGGAAGGUGGCAGCCAAAGUGGCAGAGUCAGUAACGCCAGCUGGAGGACAAGUUGUUCAGAGAAUCCGUCUACAGGAAGAGGCAGAGAGUCAGGGCAGCAAUAAUGGACCACUGCUGGACGAUGACCUGCUGCAGUACUACCACUUCCUGGCUGACAAGGGCGAUCAGCAGGCUCAGGUUGUGUUAGGCACACUUUACUACCAGGGUGGAAAAGGAGUUCAGAUCAAUCAUGAGCAAGCUUACCACUAUUUCUCAACGGCCGCACAGGCAGGGAGUGGACAUGCUCUCGGAUAUCUGGGGAAGAUGCAUUCUGAGGGCAGCCCAGUGGUGACACAGAACAACCACACAGCCCUGGAGUACUUCAAGAAAUCUGCAGACAAGAAAAACCACAUUGGCCAGACUGGAUUGGGCAUGAUGUACUUGAAUGGGCUCGGUGUGGAGAAGGACACCGGCAAGGCAUUUCGCUACUUUUCCUUGGCUUCGGAUCAAGGAUCAGUGGAUGCACAGCUCCAGCUUGGAAUCAUGUACUUCACUGGCAAUGGAGUACGUAAAGAUUACAAGAUGGCAGUGAAGUAUUUCACCAUGUCGUCUCAGAAUGGACAUGUCUUGGCAUUCUACAACCUGGCUCAGAUGCAUGCCACUGGAACUGGGGUCUUGAGGAACUGUCACACGGCAGUAGAGCUGUUCAAGAAUGUUGCUGAGAGAGGCCGCUGGUCAGAGAUGCUGAUGGACGCUCAUCGUAUGUACCACGAAGGUAGUGUGGACACUGCCCUGGUCAAGUAUAUGUUCCUGGCAGAGUUGGGCUACGAGGUGGCUCAGUCCAAUGUGGCAUACAUGCUGGAUACUGGUGUCAGUUCCAAGUUCAGCAAAUACGAGACAUACCAGCGGGCCUUACUGCAGUACUCCCGGGCAGCAUCCCAAGGUUCAACUAAUGCCAGGCUCAAGAUGGGAGACUACCACUACUACGGCCUGGGAACAGAUGUUGACUACGAGUCGGCCGCCACCCACUACAGGAUGGCAUCAGAGCAACAGCACAAUGCUCAGGCUAUGUUUAACUUGGGAUACAUGCAUGAGAAAGGACUGGGUCUCAAGCAGGACAUCCAUCUGGCCAAACGUUUCUAUGACAUGGCUGCAGAGACCAGCCUGGACGCCCACGUACCGGUCACUCUAGCUCUGCUCAAACUGGGCAUCUUCUACGGCAUGGAUGUCUUCAGUAAAGAGUUUGAAGGAGUCUCGGGUAUAUUUGGACUGCUGGAUCCGGCCUCCUACCUGGGACCUGAGUGGGACCUCUACCUGGCCUCUGUGCUGGCCGUUCUCUUUGGGGUUGUCUACUUCCUGCGCAGGAUGAGAUAA